AUGCAUGCGCUGGCGUGGAUAGCGGUUGCGCUGCUUGUGGUGAGCAUUCUCGCGGUCGUCCUCCUUGUGGCCGGGAGCAAGUGGUGUGGCCAGAGCGAGGAGCAAGGAGACGGUGCGUCCGAGACUACCGCUUUGCUCUCCUCACAUGGCUCGCGCAUCAGCGUCAAUGGCUAUCAGACGGCAGUCGGUAGUCUCAGCAAUGGCGACGUGGACGACAAUGGGCCGGGCUCGGCUCUUCCGCCGCCGGCAAUCUCGGGCGAUGGCGUUCGUAUUCUCUCCAAGGAGUUCUGGAUUCCUGACGCGGCGGCGCCGGCAUGUGCAGAGUGCGCUGCUCUUUUCAACUUUAUCCGUCGGAGGCAUCAUUGCCGUCUCUGUGGACUCGUCUUUUGCGCAUCGUGCUCGCAGUACCGCCUCGAUGGCGCCCUCUUUGGCCGCGUUGAUUUGCAGCGGACGUGCAAGCCGUGUCACGACUCGUUUCUGGAGGCUCGCGCGGCGUCGAGGCUCAUUGCUCGCACGCCUGACGCUGACAAUGACCGCAGUUGUGCUGACAGCGACGCGCGUGACCUGGUGCCUGCUGGAGACGGCCGCGAGUCAGAUGGCGACCCAGCCGCCGGAGUCGGAGCCAGCGCAGAGGCAGCCACCUCACGUCGGCUGGCCCGCGCAUCUUCGGGCGUGCUCGAGCCGAUGCAGCCGCAAGCCGGUGGCGGCUCGGCGGUCUCGUUCCACAUUCCGGCAGGCACCCGCCGCGAGUCGGGCGGCGCGCUGGUUGCUGGCCCACUGCGUGCGCUCGAGUCGGCGCUGGCUGCCGCCGCUGAUGGCGCAGGCUCCCGCCGCAUUCGCUCGAUUGCCGCCCAGCAGCGUUCCCGCGGCAUGCGGACCGAGUCGCAGACACGCAUCAUCGGCAUGCUCUCGCCCAUGUCGUCGUCGCGGAAACACGCCCGUAUCCAUUCGGUCCAUCCCAGGAGCGUUGACAACGAGACCGAGAAAGCCGACGCCCAUCGUGUGGGUAGGGCUUCUGCCAAGCCUCGCGCCGGCGGCGUCGACUCCCCGCAGGUCUCCGACAUUGAACCGGUCUCGGAGUCCGAGACCGAUUCGGAGACUGGCUGCUCGCCUACCUCCUCCCUGCGCAGGAAACAGGCUCGCAUCCGGGCCUCACUCAACUUUGAAGGCCCUUCGAGCGUGAACCAUGUCUCGUCGGACUCAUCUGGGUCUAGCCGCCACUGCGAGGGCGAGGAGUCAGACGACGGCGAGGCCGACGGCGACGAGACUGUCAUCGACCGCAAUGAGGCCUCAUCCGCGACUGCGCGCCGGCUGGCAACCGCACUCAACGUCUCUAACAUGGAUCUUAUCUCCGCAAUGGACCUCGCGUCAGCAGCGCUCGCCGAAGACAUUAACGAUCUCGACGAGGUGUGGAACUCGACAACUGCGGCCGAUGCCGACAUGGGCGGCGCAAGCCAGAGCUCGUCCAAGCGCUCCAGCUUCCGGGCCGGUGCCAUGCACACCUUUUCCGGCCGCGACUUUGCCGCACUCGGCUUUAACCGGCACAAACACAAGCCGGCGACAAAGUUGGCGAACUCGGGCUCGGACUCGGGCUCGGACUCGGACUCGUCAGUGUUGUUGUCUAGUCGAGAUGACGUGCCGUCGCUCGGAGUUGAGACGGCGAGCAUGAUGCGGUCUGCGUCGCUCACGGCGCUUCCACGUCCGGAGCAAGUCGAUGAUGCAAGGGCACCUCAGCACGCUUGCGCUCGCGCUCAGGUGCUCGAGGAGCUUACUCACACGUACGAUGCAUACAGCGGCCUCGUUCUCCAAGAGGCGCUGGCGGUGGAGAGGCUGCCGGCGCUGUGGGAGAAACCGCUGGCGGAGCUUGGGCGGGAGGCUGCGGCGCACGUGGCUCCGUCGGCUAUGCCUGGCGACGAGCUCGACGUCCGAGCGUACAUCCACCAGGAGUAUGUGGCGGGCGGUGAGGUCCGCGAGUCACGAGUCAUUCUCGGCUCGGUCACCUUUAAGCGCGUGGCGCAUAAGAAGAUGGCAACGUCGAUUGGCCACCCGCGGAUUCUGCUGCUCGCUGGCUCGCUUGAGCACGAGCGGCAAGGUGCCUCGUCGAUGCUGACCAACUUUGACACGCUGCUUGUGCAGGAGCGCGAGUUUCUGCGGCUGCAGGUGGCCAAAAUCAUGGACGUCAACCCGCAGGUGGUCGUGGUGGCGGGGAGUGUGUCGCGACUGGCGCUCGACUUUUUGCUCAAGGCCGGCGUCACGCUUAUCCCAUCGGCUGGCCUGCAUCUCUGCGUCCGGCUUGCACGUCAGACCGGAGCCACGGUCCUCACCUCUGUCGACGCCAUCCGCGCCAACCCGGGAGUGCUCGGCUCGUGCGUGCGGUUCCGGUCCGAGGUGCUGAGCACGCCGGGCGGCGGACGGAAGCACAUGCUGGUGUUUGACGGGACACCGCCAUCGCUAGGAGUCACACUCUUGCUGCGCGGGAGAGCGCCACCAGGUUGGCUGCCGCGCAUCGGGCCCAGCAGCUUCGAGGCUGUUCUCGACGCGCUUGUCCAGCUCUCGGUCUUUUCAUCGAUGCACGCGCUGCUGGAGGCAUCGCUGCUGGCCGAUGAGGGCGCGGUGUACGCAGAAUCGUACGGCCUGUGGCUGGCGGAGCGAGCACAGCUGAGCGGGCGCCCUUUCUCUCGCGAAUGGACCGAGUGGGUGGACUGUGGGCGGCGAGCCGCCGGCUACGCUGAGCUCGGGCCAAACGCGGUGGCAUACAGCCGCUCGUUUGCGCGGCGGCACCUCUCGCUCACGCCUGGUGUAUACCUUAAUCCGCGGUACACUGACGAGUAUCCAGAGGCUGCGCACAUUUCACCGGUCGAUGGCGGGCGGGAGGUGGAGAAUGGUGGGCAGGCGGUGGCGGCGGCGGCAGUCGCGGCCGCGGUUGGCGCCGCGGGUGUCGGACUGGGGUCUGACGGGGCGAACGGCGAGAUCUCGCUCGCAUCGCGGACGCUCUCAACCCACAACCUCAAUUCGGGCUCACAGCGCGGGGCCGAGGUCGAGGUGCUGCGACUGACGUCGGACCUAGUGCCUUCCCCGCAGGCGUCGCGGCGGAGCUCGCGGACCGGCGAGGGCGAGAAUGAUGAGGGUAAUCUAUGCGUGGCGUCUGCGUUUGAGUACCAGGACCUGCGGGUCCUGUUCACGACGGCGUCGAUGUACAAGCCGGAGCCGUGCUGCAUCCCGCACGCGCAGGUCCUGGAGUUCUACCAAGGCUCGGACAUGACGCUCGGGCAGUACGUGGAGGUGUGUUUUGACCUGAGCAACACGUGCCGGCAAGUCAACUGCCAGCGAGACAUGCUGGCGCAUGUGUGUACGUACGCGCAUGCCGGCGGCGCGGUGCAUGUGCGGGUGGCGCGGCUGGAGGAGCCGCUGCCUGGGGUGGGCGACGACGAGCUGGUCAUGUGGUCGGCGUGCCAGGUGUGCGAGGAGGUGACGGCGGUGCGGCCUGUGAGUGGGGCGACGUGGAUGCUCUCAUUUGGCAAGUACCUGGAGGCGACGUUCUACCCGGUGCCUGUGGCGGUCCGCGGCGGGUGCGAGCAUCCUGUACACUCUGACCACGUGCGGCUCUUUGCGUGUGGCGGACUGGUGCUAUCGUUCGAGUACGAGCCGUUGCGGCUGCUGUCCGUGGCCGGGCCCAAUCGCCAGCUCAAGUUUGAGGCGCACACCAGCUAUGCAUUGCUCAACGCAGAACGUGCGUCGCUGCUGGCGCGGAUGCAAGAAGCAGAGCAUGCCGGGCACAUGGAAGAUGGACCGGAUGCUCAGGAGCUUGUGGCGCGGGCCGAGGCUGCGGCAUCGCGUGCCGAAGUGAGCGCGGUCUACCGCGAACUUGCGAGUGGGGUGGCACUGGCGGCGGGAAGCGACGAGAGUGAGGUGCUCGCGGUGUGGCAGCUGGAACACGUGCACUUUGGCCUCGAGCCGGUGAUGCGGCGAUACGCGCCGUACCCUGUGGUGGACGACGAGCCGACGUCGCUGAUUGGAUAUCUACUCGCGUCGCAGGGCUAUGCAGACCAGAUGCGGCAAGUGGGUGUGGAGGUUGAUCCGGAGCGGAUCGAGAGUGGGGCGAUGGGCGAGGCUGAACAUCGCGAGCUGCUGAUGGCGGCACCGUCGUUUCGGGCGGAGCUCGAGUUUGGCUCGCGCGGGUUCCAGUUUUCGGUCAAAGCCUUUUACGCGGCGCCGUUCCACGCACUGCGUGCCAAGUACUGCGGCGGACAAGACAACGUGCUCGCGUCGCUGGCGCGGUGCGUCAAGUGGGCGGCGACGGGCGGCAAGACCGAUUCUGAGUUUCUCAAGACGCUCGACGACCGGCUCAUUCUGAAGGAGGUGCAAAAGGUAGAGAUGGGUGCGUUCCUCGAGUUUGCACCGUCAUACUUUGAGUACAUGAUGCGUGUGCUGUACGACGACGUGCCAUCGCUGUUGGUCAAGUUCCUUGGGCUGUACAAGGUGGAGAUCCGGUCGCGCGAGUCUGGCGUCAAAUACCGCAAGUACGUGGUGCUGAUGGAGAACCUGUUCUACGGCAAGAGCAUCGACAAGGUGUUUGAUCUCAAGGGCUCGGAGCGGUCACGGUACGUCAAGUCCAAGGCGCCGGACCAGGUGCUGAUGGACGAGAACUUUCUGGAGUACAUCUGGCAGUCACCGCUCUACGUCCGCGAGUACUCCAAGGUGUACCUGUAUUCUGCGGUGUGCAACGACUCGCUCCUCCUCGCCUCGCUCAAGGUCAUGGACUACUCACUCCUACUAGGCAUCGACUACACAACCGGCGAGCUCACCGUCGGCAUCAUCGACUACAUCCGGCAGUACACAUGGGACAAGCACCUCGAGUCGUGGGUCAAGUCGACAGGCAUCCUCGGCGGCGGCGGAAAGCGGCCGACCGUCAUCUCGCCGCACCAGUACAAGGAGCGGUUCCGUCGAGCCAUCAACCGAUACUUUGUGGUUGUGCCAGACAAGCACACACGGUAGCAGAGUAAAGCCAGAGUCGCACAA